GGGAGACGGUACUAAGGCCAGUUUGAGAGGCGAUGGAGCGCGCGCGCGUGCGCGCGCGAGGACGAGAGGAGAGGCGCUGCGGCCCUCAGGAGCUGUGGAUGAAACAGAAUGCUGACCAGUUUGGCCUUCGUGCCUGAGGAUUGUGCUGAGGAAUCAAAUUGUGAAAAUCAUACACAAUGAAAAUGCUUCCCGGCGUGGGGGUUUUUGGGACUGGGAGCACCGCUCGGGUGCUCGUACCUCUGUUGCGAGCAGAAGGCUUCUCCAUCGAGGCCCUCUGGGGGAAGACUGAAGAGGAAGCCAAGCAAUUGGCUGAGGAAAUGAACAUUUCCUUCUACACCAGCCGGACAGAUGAUGUCUUGCUUCAUCAAGAUGUGGAUCUGGUUUGCAUCAACAUCCCCCCACCAUUAACACGACAAAUUGCUGUGAAAGCUCUAGGUAUUGGGAAGAACGUCAUCUGUGAGAAAGCUGCUACCUCAGUGGAUACCUUCAGGAUGGUGACAGCUGCCAGAUACUACCCCAAACUCAUGAGCAUUGUAGGCAAUGUCCUGCGUUUCCUGCCGGCUUUUGUCAAAAUGAAGCAGUUGAUAGAAGAGCACUAUGUGGGCGACGUUCUGAUCUGUGACGUUCGAGUGUAUUGGGGCAGCCUUCUCAGCCACAAGUACAAUUGGAUCUGUGAUGAGCUGAUGGGCGGGGGCGGCCUGCACACGAUGGGGACGUACAUCAUAGACCUCCUCACUCAUCUGACAAGCCGAAAGGCAGAGAAAGUCCAUGGCUUGCUGAAAACUUUCGUGAAGCAGAACUCUGCCAUAAACGGGAUACGCCACGUCACCAGUGAUGACUUCUGCUUUUUCCAGGUGCUGAUGACGGGAGGUGUCUGCAGUACGGUGACCCUCAACUUCAACAUGCCUGGGUCGUUCGUCCAUGAGGUCAUGAUCGUGGGGUCUGCGGGGCGCCUCAUAGCCCGUGGGACAGAUCUGUACGGCCAAAAGAACACGGAUCUCCAGGAGGAACUCCUGCUUGUAGACUCUCUGGAUGUCAAUGCAGGGCUUUCAGAAAAAGGCUUCAAAGACAUACCCGUGCUGUACCUUAAAGGAAUGGAAUACCUGGUGCAAGCGCUGCGUCAGUCGUUCCAAGACCAGGAAGACCAGCGGACCUGGGAUCCCAAGCCAGUUGCCAUGGCAGCUUCUUUUGAAGAUGGCCUCUACAUGCAGAGCGUUGUAGAUGCUAUUAAAAAAUCCAGCAGGUCUGGGGAGUGGGAAUCUGUGGAAAUCAUGACUGAAGAGCCAGAUGCCAAUCAAAAUCUCUGUGAGGCACUUCAGAGAAAUAACCUAUAAUGGAAAAGUUCCUGGAGAUCAGAACAGUUGGUGGAAACGGGCAGAAAAUGUCAAAGAUGGAAAUGUUUUGGGGGACUGGGGGGAGUUACUCUUGUGGGUAAAAAAAAAAACUUCUAAGGAAAUAUUUUUGUUUUUAAACUCGUUCAGAGUUUUAAAUAUUGCAGGUUUGUGUGCGUUUGUUUUUGUUUUAAUGCUAAACUUUCUGAGUUGUAUUGUUAGGAAAACUUGAAUUGUCCUUUGCACUCAGCAGUAGCUAAAACGGAAGUGUGGGGUUUUGCCAUUGGGGCAUGUUUAUGUCCCUUCUACACACAGCUUUGGCAUUCUUACCAGUUUAACAUGAUAGCACUUAACACUAGAGAAGGCUGUUUUUAAUAGGAAUACAAGUUAAUCUCCUAGGAUUGUUCUUGAGAGGGAAAAAAAACACCUCACACAAGGGAUGCGAUGGAGUGAGUCUUUAAACUUGGUCAGCAGUGAGGACCGAUUGCAGUCUCUGGCAUCCAGUUUGAAUGUUUUGAAUUUACACGGGGAGAAUGAGAGUGCUCUUUGACACGAGCCACUCGCUCCCUGUUGCUAGAAGAACUCAAGUAUUGUGUUCAGCUGCAGUUUGCACAUGCCAGCACUGCUCUCCCACAUCAGGUUAUUUGAGGCUUGAAGACCUCUUGCACUUCUUUUCCCACAUCCUCUUCUGCCCUGUUAAGUGCCGCCGAGCAAACUCCAUCCAUGAUCUUGCUCCGGUGAAGCUUCCUUUGCAGCACAGAAGCCAAGCCCAUGGCCAGUUUUGCUAGUCUUGGCUUGUGCAAUGUUCUAUCUGGAUAUAUACUGAGGCAGGCUUUGAUCUGUCAGAGGGAUAUGAAGUUGGAUAGAAAUGGAACAUCCAGUCUCUUAAUUCAGCCACUGGCUGGUAAGAAGGAUAGAUUAGCUUGGAGGCAUUAAGGCCAGAAGUGGUUUUGGGUAGGCGAGUGGAUUUAAUCAAACACUGGACCAUGUUCCUCAUCCCUUUCCCGUCUGAUGCGCAUCCUGUGGGAAUCCUGGUGCUGGUUGCCGAGCAAACCUUAGUGCGCAUCUACCAGAUCUCUGAGCUGCUAUUCUUCACCAGGCUGAACCUGAGAAGUGAUAGCUAACUUUUUAUAAAAUAUAUUGUUUACUUGAAUGGUUUUUUUAUUGUUUCCUACUAGAUUUUAAUCCUGUACCUUAAUAUAAAGCAUUAACAAGCAACCUUAAUGUGUUUUGCAAGUGGCCACGUUAUUUUGGAGUGUGUGUGUGUGGGAAUUUAAAAGCACAUAAAAUCAGGAACUAUUUCAGCUGUUCGUUCAGCUUCCCAGAGAAAAAACCCUGCUGUUCCCCUCACCUCACCUAUUCUGGUCUUUUAAAGUUAUUUUUAACCACAACAGCUGUAUCCUUAAUUCUAGUUGCAGAUGUUUGUUUUCUGCCACUGGGCUAACAAAUUUCAGGCCUUACCCGCUUUUGCAUUUUGAGGGUUGGGGGGGGGGGAUCCAAAUUCAGUACUAAAGGAACCUUGACACAAUGUGCAGUUCUGUGGAAUUUCAGAAUGCUUUGAUAAACAGUAUGAUGACAAAGAGGCCGUAAAUUGAAAACUUUAUGAUGGGUGAUUAAAAACCUUAGUUAGGGAGGACCUGUAAGGCCUCCGUUCUUUAACUUUGGAAGGUCCUGCUUUAAAGCUUUCUUUGAUUUCUAACAUGACACAUCCCUGACCUGGAUAGUCCAGAUUAACCCGAUCUCAUCAGAUCUCGGAAACUAAGCGGGGUCAGCCUUGGUUAGUAAUUGGAAGGUCCUCCAACGAAGACCAGGGUUGCAGAGACAGGCAGUGGCAAACCACCUCUGUUAGUCUCUUGCCAUGGAAACCCCAUCAGGGGGUCACCAUAAGUCAGCUGUGACUUGAUGGCUGUCUCCACCAACAUGACACUAUCUUGUCAGCUUUCAAAAUGUUCUUACAUGUAGGCUAAUAAUAUGUUCUUAAAAUAAGCUAAGAUUCUCAGCUAAGUUCUCCUUCAAAUUCUUAGUACUUGCUUUUAUACAAGUGCAUGAAAUAAACACAGUCCUGGAUGGUGACUUUGGUCUUUCUCAAAAGGGCUAAUUUACUAGUCACCUUUAUUAAUGAGCUAAAUUAUUUCUCUGUUGUUCAGCAUUAAUGAUUGAGCAUUGCAAUCUUGUUUUUACUGGAAAAUCAGUUAACAACUGAGUUUUUCCCUCACCUUGAUAAUACAAAAAUUCAGACUCUUGCGGUAGCUAUUUUUCUCCCACCCUCUUUAAAGCUCACCAAAGAAAUGGGAAAAUUAAGGACUGCCAAGGAAUGAAGUUAUAUUCCAUUGUUCUUUUGGGGGCAAAGAGAAGAAUGCUUGCCCUCUGUUGCAUGCGUCCCUUCUAUUUUACAAGCUGCUUUUGUUGUUGCGGUUGAAGGAGAUGUAAAAUAUUUGGAGGAUGUUUCCUCUGCUCUGUCCAGCAAGGUUUAGCAAAAAAAGGAAGAAAACAUUCCUCACUUGCAUUCUUCUCUGCCUUGCUAGUAAUACAGGUAGAGAUCACAUUGUUACUAGAUUUGAGGUGUCUUGUAAAGGGAAGGAGUGGGGAGUCUUUUUAUCAUGCAGAAAAAUCUUCUUGUCUCAAGAGCUUCAUUUCAGUCCUAUGUUAAACUGAUUCAGACUCUGGCAGAGCCCCUUCCCCAUUGAUAGCCUAUUCAAUAACUCUUUAAAAGAGUGAUCUCGUUCCUCCUAGACUCUUGGGGAGAACACGCUGGAGUGAGAUGGACUAUAUUCGUGUCUCUGAGAACUUUUUAGCAGUUCUAAAGAUUGUGCCUGAUCUGGGCUACUUAGCCAGCAUCUCCAAUUUCCCUUAUAUUAUGAUCCGGCGACAGGACAAAUGUACAAAAGCUUUAUACCGGAAUGCAAUGAACCAUGUUUGAGGAAUACACUCGGAUGGGACAAAAGGAACAUCUAGCAAAAUGGUGAUCUCCAGGGACCCUUUUUAAAGGCUUAAGGGCCUGCCAGCCUUUUGGCCUUCUGCUUGCCUCUUCUGAAAACAGCUCCACAUCCCACUAGACAGUGCUACUUGUGCUGUGGUGACAGCGGCGGGACAAGGUGAGCUGCACAAACACUGAGCAUCUUGUCAAUGUCAACCUGGGUAGACUUGUCCACCUCAGCCUUGGCUGCAGUUCCCAGACUGGCACUUCUUGGAUUUCUCGGGUCUUCUGCAACUAAAACAGAGAAUAAAAAGCUUGUUAUGAA